AUGCCUGAUGUUUUAAAUGGCUCUAUAGUUUCUGGUCUCAUUGAUCACAAUACUGGUAUGUGGGAUCUUGCUAUUAUUCAGGAUAUUUUUACUACUGCUGAUAUUGAUCGUAUAUUGUCAGUCCCAAUUAGCCCCCAUCAUGAGGACUCUUGGUAUUGGUAUGGUGAUCCUAAAGGGUGUUAUACGGUGAAAGAAGGUUACAGGCGCAUUAUAGGGGAUGUGGUAAACCCGCCUGGGACAUAUGAUAGAUGGUUACAUUUGUGGAAGGUUAAAUGCCCAGCUAAAUGGAAAAUAUUUGUAUGGAGAGCACUAUCUAAUAUUCUCCCUACCACAACCAAUCUGAUUUUAAAGAGGGUGGAGAUUGACCCAACAUGCCCUAUGUGUGGAAUUUAUCAUGAAAAUGUUAUGCACUCUUUAGUUUUGUGUGAGUAUUCAAGACUUAUUUGGCAUGAAUCCUCAUUACAUGUACCAAGUGUGAUUGAUGAUGAUUUUAAUGUGUGGUUUCGAAAUGCAAUUUCCGUGCUUAACAAGGAGGAUAUAUUUGUUAUGCUAGCUGUUUUAUAUCAUAUUUGGAGAGCAAGAAACCAUGCGGUGUGGGAUGCUUUCUUGCCAGUUCCAGCCCGUGUAUGGUGGAUGGCCAACUUAGCCGCAGCCGCAUGGAAGCAGGUGCAUGGAACACAGCAACCACAACAGCAUGUCGCACACGAGGCUGUGGCAGCAUCAGCGCAAAUUGGCUCCCCAAUAUGCCAUUUCGACGCUGGUUACUACCCACGGACGAAGUCUGCUACGGUGAGAGCAGUUUUGACGACGCAGAUUGGGGACUUCAUUGCAGCCUUCAACGCUCGACUUCCGCCGUGUUUUUCGCCCCUAAUGGCAGAAUCCUUGGCAUGUAAGGAGGCUUUAUCUUGGAUCAAGGAUCGGGGGCUCGCGGCUAUAACAAUGUACACCGACUGUUCCGUGCUCAAGGAUUUAUUAGUUUCAUCUAGUUCAGAGCUUUUUUCAUAUGUUAGUUAUUCAGUAGAUGCCAUUAAGGCUCUUAUGUCAUCUUUACUUUCUUGUUCAGUUGUUUUAAUUCCUAGAACUCAGAAUCAGGGUGCUCACACCCUUGCUACAGUAGCCUUCUCUCAAGAGGCACCGAUAGUUCAGCUGGCAUUUUGGCAAGGGGUGGCAUUAUGCUUGAAGGUUUUUACACCGUUGGUGAAUGUGCUUUAUAUUGUUGAUCAUGAUAAGAAAUCUUCAAUGGGAUUUGUUUAUGGUGAUGAGCUUAUGUAG